UCAAAGACUAUCAUAAUAUACAAAAAAAACAUUGGCAGAAUUGUAAAGAAAAUUUCAAAUUUAAAAAAGUUUUCGGAAUUUUUUGUCAAUAGAAAUGUUUCGUAAAUUGUGGAAUAGUUUUUCUUUUUGUGCAAUAAAGGUGAAUCGUCUGCGCUGGCCAUCAUCAACAACAACAAUCUCCAAUAUUGUUGAUAAUCAAAUCAUACUGAUAAAAAAGAAAAUCUUGAACAAUAUGUUGAUCCGAUUGCAGAAUUUGUGGCCAAAAAUUUUCCAAACAUCCACAUUGCCAAUGUUGCAAGCACGACGUUCAUUGAGCGAUGCAUUAUUCGUACAUCGUGAUAUGGAUGUCGAUGCGGAAUCAUUUGAAUUUACAGAUGUAAACAAAAAGCGAGCUGAAGCUAUUUUGAAAAAUUACCCAAUUGAAUAUCGAUGUGCGGCUGCCAUUCCGUUGUUGGAUCUUGCUCAACGUCAAUACGGAUGGCUCCCAUUGAAAGCAAUGAAUUAUGUUGCCGAUUAUAUUGGCAUGCCACGAAUGCGUGUAUACGAAGUGGCCACAUUCUACACAAUGUUUAAUCGAACACCCGUGGGUAAAUAUCAUGUACAAGUUUGCACGACCACACCAUGUAUGCUAAGAGGAUCUGAAGAAAUUCUCGAAGCUUGUAAAGAAUUCUGCAAAGGUGACCCUAAUUUCACCGUUAACGAAGUUGAAUGUGCAGGUGCUUGUGUCAAUGCACCAGUAUUAUCGGUCAACGAUGAUUAUUAUGAAGAUUUGACACGCGAAGAUGUUAAACACAUCAUCGGUGAAUUGAAAGCUGGCCGUAAACCAAAACCAGGUCCAACUGAACGGAGUGGACGUUUUUCAUGUGAACCUUCAGGUGGUUUAACUUCAUUAACAGCGAAACCAUAUGGCCCUGGAUUUAAAGUACGAAGCGAUCUUUAAAUGGAGAGAUUUUCUCUCUAUAUAAAAACUAUAUAGUGUACAUUUUUACAUUUGAUCAAUCAGAUAAUAAAUGUUUAUUUCAA